UACUCCUGUCAGGGGGCGGGGCCAAGAUGGCGCCGAGCGCCGGGUGAGCGGCGCUUUGGCAGCGGUGAGAGGCUUUUACUGCUCCCGGUGCUUGGCUGGCGGGGGAAAGUCUGAGGUGUAUCCGUGAGGAGACCCUUUGAAAGGGCCCAUGUGAGGACUGGGAAGAAGACGGUUGGUUGUGUGUCCGUGCUCGUGGGGACCCUGUGCGUGACUGCACUGGAAGGAUGGUGGGGCGAUGUAGUGGCUUGUGAACCUCCUGUAGCGCUGCCCGGGAUCUCCAUCUUUCCAUCCUGGGGAGGCAUCCUUCCAGGGACAGGAGCUGGAAUUCCAGCAUGGCCGAGGAGAAGAAACUGAAACUCAGCAAUACUGUGUUGCCCUCUGAGUCCAUGAAGGUGGUGGCAGAAUCUAUGGGCAUUGCUCAGAUUCAGGAGGAGACUUGCCAGCUACUGACAGAUGAGGUCAGCUACCGCAUCAAGGAGAUUGCCCAGGAUGCCCUGAAGUUCAUGCACAUGGGGAAACGACAGAAGCUCACUACCAGUGACAUUGACUAUGCAUUGAAGUUAAAGAAUGUGGAGCCACUGUAUGGCUUCCAUGCUCAGGAGUUCAUCCCUUUCCGGUUUGCCUCUGGCGGGGGCCGGGAGCUGUACUUCUAUGAAGAGAAGGAAGUGGACCUGAGUGACAUCAUCAACACCCCUCUGCCUCGGGUGCCUCUGGAUGUCUGCCUCAAAGCUCAUUGGCUAAGCAUCGAAGGCUGCCAGCCAGCUAUACCAGAGAAUCCACCCCCAGCUCCCAAAGAGCAGCAGAAGGCUGAGGCCACAGAACCCCUGAAAUCAGCAAAGCCAGGCCAAGAAGAAGAUGGACCCCUGAAAGGCAAAGGUCAAGGGGCAGCUGCAGCUGAUGGCAAAGGAAAAGAGAAGAAGGCACCUCCCUUGCUGGAGGGGGCCCCUUUCCGCCUGAAGCCCCGCAGCAUCCAUGAGCUGUCUGUGGAGCAGCAGCUGUAUUACAAGGAGAUCACGGAAGCCUGUGUGGGAUCCUGUGAGGCCAAGAGAGCGGAAGCUCUGCAGAGCAUUGCCACGGACCCAGGGCUCUAUCAGAUGCUACCACGGUUCAGUACCUUCAUCUCAGAGGGGGUGAGAGAACUGGGAAAGGACAGACCCAUGAUGAGGCUCCAAGGGAGGGGGAUGACAAGGGUCAGGGGCCCUUCUGGCAACCUCACCACAGGAGGUCUGGUAUCAGACUCACUGACAGGGCCUGGUCUCUCUCAGGUGCAUGAGCUCAUUCCAGCAGUAAUGACCUGCAUUGUGAGUAGACAGCUGUGCUUGCGGCCAGAUGUGGACAAUCACUGGGCACUCCGGGAUUUUGCUGCCCGUCUAGUGGCCCAAAUCUGUAAGCAUUUCAGCACAACCACCAACAACAUCCAAUCCCGAAUCACUAAGACCUUUACCAAGAGCUGGGUCGACGAGAAGACUCCAUGGACAACUCGAUAUGGCUCCAUUGCAGGCCUAGCAGAGCUGGGACAUGAUGUGAUUAAGACGCUAAUUCUGCCAAGGCUGCAGCAGGAAGGGGAACGGAUCCGCAGUGUCUUGGAUGGGCCUGUGCUGAGCAACAUCGACCGUAUUGGAGCAGACCAUGUGCAGAGCCUUCUCCUGAAACACUGUGCCCCAGUACUGGCCAAGCUGCGCCCUCCACCUGACAAUCAGGAUGCCUACCGGGGAGAAUUUGGGUCCCUUGGGCCCCUUCUCUGUUCCCAUGUGGUGAAGGCCAGGGCCCAGGCUGCUCUACAAGCUCAGCAGGUCAACAGGACCACACUCACCAUCACACAGCCUCGGCCCACACUGACCCUUUCACAGGCCCCUCAGCCAGGCCCUCGCACGCCUGGCUUAUUGAAGGUCCCUGGCUCCAUUGCCUUGCCUGUUCAGACACUGGUGUCUGCGAGAGCUGCUGCUCCUCCUCAGCCUUCUCCUCCUCCAACCAAGUUUAUUGUAAUGUCCUCAUCUUCCAGUGCCUCAUCAACCCAGCAGGUUCUGUCCCUCAGCACCUCAGCUCCUGGCUCAGGCUCUACUACUACCUCUCCUGUCACCACCACGGUUCCCAGCGUGCAGCCCAUCGUCAAGCUGGUCUCCACUGCUACCACUGCACCCCCAAGCACAGCCCCUGCUGGUUCUGGCAGUGUUCAGAAAUACAUUGUGGUCUCUCUUCCCCCAACAGGGGAAGGCAAAGGAGGCCCUCCUUCUCAUCCUUCUCCAGUCCCCCCUUCAUCUUCUUCACCAUCCCCACUUGGGGGAAGUACCCUCUGUGGGGGGAAGCAGGAAGCUGGGGACAGCCCCCCUCCAGCUCCAGGGACUCCAAAGGCUAAUGGCUCGCAGCCUACUGGACCUGGCUCUCCCCAGCCUGCUCUGUGAUGUGUCACAUGUGCUGACCUCCUCUCUUGUGCAGAUUCCUACACACUCAAACAACCUGUGAGGGAGGAAGGAGGAAAGGUUUUCCCCAGUGACUUUCUUUUUAGAUAUUGUACAGUAAGUUCCUCAGAAUAAAAGUUGGAUUUGUAAGUU